AGGGGGGGGGGGGGGGGGGGGCCUGAGAAGAGACCCUGCCUCUCCCCACCCUACAAAGUGAAGUGAGCGCUAUAGGGCUGGGGGGGUAACCCCCAGAUUUAGGGGGUGCCCUGCCUGUGCAGGGGGCACCUGGUGUCUGCCAACCUCAGGCCAGACCCACCGCCAUGAACUCGAAUGUGGAAAACCUGCCGCCCCACGUCAUCCGGCUGGUCUACAAGGAGGUCUCCACGCUGACGUCGGACCCGCCGGAGGGCAUCAAGGUCUUCCCCAACGAGGAGGACAUCACAGACGUCCAGGUCACCAUCGAAGGACCCGAGGGGACGCCCUAUGCCGGGGGCGUCUUCCGCAUGAAGCUCAUCCUGGGCAAGGAUUUCCCAGCUGCGCCGCCCAAGGGCUACUUCCUCACCAAGAUCUUCCACCCCAACGUGGGCGCCAACGGCGAGAUCUGCGUCAACGUCCUCAAGAAAGACUGGAAGGCAGAGCUGGGCAUUAAGCAUGUGCUGCUGACCAUCAAGUGCUUGCUGAUCCACCCCAACCCCGAGUCGGCCCUGAACGAGGAAGCGGGGCGCCUCCUGCUGGAGAACUACGAGGAGUACGCGGCCCGGGCCCGCCUGCUGACGGAGAUCCACGCCCAGCCCUCCAGCCUGCGGGGGGCCAGCAAGGACCCCGCUGACCCCUGCUCCUCUGCCGCCGCCCUGGCCGCCGGGGGCGAGGGCCCCAUGGCCAAGAAACACGCCGGCGACAGGGACAAGAAACAGCUGGCAAAGAAGAAGACGGACAAAAAGCGGGCGCUGCGGCGGCUCUAGGGGUGCACGGGGCCUGGCUCGAACCAUGGACUUAGGGGGGGGGGGGGGGGGGGUCCAGGCAGGGUUCUAAUAAAACUGUCCCUUUUCCCAGCUUUUUGUUAAGACGCUUUGGUAUUUUACCCUUUUUUCAAUCUUAAGUUAUUUAAGUUAUAAAAAAAUCUAUUAAAGGACUUUUUUCUA